AUGACGCGUCACAGCAUUGACAUCUUAGUAGCAACUGAAACCCACCUAAAACCUGGUAUGAAAUUUAAUCUUCCGGGUUAUGUCACCAUCCGGUUGGAUCGCACUCAAUCGAACGGGGGUGGAGUGCUGAUCUCUGUUAAAAACAACAUCAAGUUUACCAUCCAGCCGCAUUACAAGACCACCAUCAUCGAAGCGCUGGGAAUCGAAAUCACAACGAACAACGGCGCACUACUCAUCAUUGCAGCCUAUUGCCCAAAGCAGUGUUCAAACUCCAACGGGACUAGCAAACACUUCAAAGAAGAUCUAGCAAAAUUAACGAGGAUAAGAAAGAAGUUCAUCAUCGGUUGUGACCUGAAUGCUCGUCAUGAGGCUUGGUGGAACCACAGGCGUAACAGAAAUGGGGAACUACUCUUCAAUGACUCGCAACUGGGACUCUACACUGUCAAUGCACCCCAAGACCCAACGUUCUUCUCGCCAGCCGGCGUACCUUCGACACUCGAUAUUUUCCUGACGAAUGCUUCCCACAUCGGUGACCCGGUGACCAUCCACGAACUGAGUUCGGACCAUUACCCUGUUGUAAUCCAAAUCGAUUCUUCAUCGACACCCCGGACGAGACCAAGCAGAAAAGAUUAUCACAACGUAAACUGGAUCGAGUUUCAACGCAGUGUCGACCAAUACAUCGAUACGCAGCCUCGCCUGGAAACCACCGAAGACAUCGAUCGAGAACUAGCGAAUCUUCAAGCCGCCAUCUCAACUGCCGAAGGAAGAUGUGUCGCUGCAAAUCAAAUGUGGGAAGAAUGGAACCGCUACAUUGAAAAUUUUGAAAUCGCGGCCUCCCUCAGUAACGCUAUCGACCCAGUCCGGAGAACGCAACUGUUGUUUCUUUCAAUGGGAUACGAGCUUCAAGGAAUAGUAAGAGCCGCCAAGCUGAGGCCAAGCUUGAAGGAUGCGAACUGCUAUCGCCGGUUUGUCGCAAACAUUGGAAACUACUUUCAGUCGAUGACCGACACAUCGGCGGAACACGAGGCCUUUUCAAACAUGAAGCAGCAGAGAUCUGAAACCGCCAUUUCUUUUCAUGCCCGCCUUAUGGCGAAAGUCAGACUAUGUGGAUACAGCUCGGUAGACCACGACCGGUUCGUGCGUGCGCAACUGUUAAAAGGCUUAAGGAACAAGGACUUGGUCAAAGCGGCGAGAACCUACGGACACGCCACCAAUUAUAUUGUGCAGGCGGCAACCAGAGACGAGGCUUACGAGGCGGAAACAACCGUGGUGGAGCGCAACGAGGUACAGGCACUGAGCCGCAUGCACCGAAGACAGUUGGAACAAAGCUCAAUUAGGAAACGCUCGCGCACAGAUGAUAGAGGAGACAGACUACAGACAAAGCGCUUUCGAAGCAACCGACAAAUGGAUAGACGGGAUACACAGGAUCGAGGACGUCGAAGCCGCUGCCGACGAUGCAAUGGUCGAAUGCAUUCCAGUUUACCAUGCCCAGCGCUGAACAGGAAUUGCAAUUCUUGCGGGGAACGAGGCCACUAUGCAGCCACUUGUCGAAACAAUCGAAACAAUCGAAUUCGUCAGCUAGACAUCAAAAGAAGUGUAUCCCCGAGCCGUGACAUUCAUUCGGAUGAGGUACAGUAUGUGAACACAUUGUCGUUUCAAGACGUUUUGGUGAAGUGUCGUAUAGGGGCGUCAAGCCCCAUACAACUACUUAUAGAUUCUGGCGCGGACGCAAACGUCAUUGGCGGAAGAGACUGGCGUCAUCUAAAGCAAGAGUAUGAAUCAGGUUUGGCCAAUUUCGAGAUUGUUAAGCAAUCUAAUCCAAAGUGUCUCCAUGCAUAUGGUACACAAGCACCAAUGGCUAUAGAAUGCACAUUUGAAGCUCAAAUCGUUACUACAGAGCGCAAUGCGCAACCCAUAAUAGCGAUAUUCCACGUCAUACUGAACGGAUCGAGAUCACUUCUUGGCCGUGCAACUGCCAGUGAUAUGGGACUGUUGCAUGUCAGUACGGACGUCAAUCAACUAGAGAACCCGAAAAAGACGAAGACUUUCCCGAAAAUGCCAGGAGUAUACGUAAAGUUCAGUAUAGACAAUACAGUAGCCCCAAUAAGAAACGCUUAUUACAACGUCCCGGCGGCGUUUCGAGAAGCAGCGAGAAAUCGUCUUAAGGAUAUGGAAGCGCAGGGGAUUAUUGAGAAAGUCACAUCUGCACCAAACUGGAUAAGCGGAAUGUCGGCUGUACCUAAGGGAAAAGACGAUUUCCGCUUAGUUGUAAAUAUGCGGGGUCCGAACAGAGCAAUCAAUCGUGAGUACUUCCGGCUCCCUUUGCUUGAGGAGAUGAAGGUCAAACUCCACGGUUUCAAAUAUUUCACUAAACUCGACCUCAGCAACGCGUUUUACCACCUCGAACUUCAUCCCGAAUCUCGCGAGCUCACCACCUUCCUAACGGAGAAUGGUAUGUAUAGAUUCACCAGGUUGAUGUUCGGGGUGAAUUGUGCACCCGAAGUCGUCCAACGGGAAAUGUCCCGAAUCCUAAAACCUGUAAAGAAUAAAAUUAUUUACAUCGACGACGUCCUAAUCUUCGCAAAUUGUCUUGAAGAUUUACGGAAAACCGUUUGUGAAGUGCUAACCAUACUGAAGGCAAAUAACCUAACGUUGAAUAGCGCCAAGUGUGAAUUUGAUCAAACGCGCUUAAAAUUCUUAGGUUAUGAAAUCGAUGAAAACGGAUUUCACGUUGAUGAUAUCAAGAUAAGGAGCAUACGCAACUUCCGUGAACCAAAGACGGUUUCCGAGCUACGUAGCUUCUUGGGACUGGCUGCAUUCAUCAGUCCGCACGUACAGAAUUUUGCGGAUAUCACUAAUCCCUUGUGGGAAGUCAUUAAAGCUAAGCUAUGGAUAUGUGGGGGCCCAGACAAAACGAUCUUGUACACAGACGCAUCUCCGGUUGCCCUCGGUGCCGUUCUGGUACAAGAAGACAAACAGGGAAAGCCAAGGAUCAUUAGCUUUGCAUCCAAAUCGUUAACUAGUACGGAACGAAAAUAUGCUCAAAACCAGCGUGAGGCCCUAGGAGCGGUAUGGGCCGUCGAGCAUUUUUCGUUCUACCUACUUGGAAGAUCUCGCGAGGACUCUAAAAGAGCACUAACGCGAGCAGACGGGUGGGCAUUGCGACUUAGCCCCUACAAUUAUACCGUCGAGUACGUGAGGGGUGAGGAAAACAUCGCGGAUCCGCCUUCACGUUUAUACAGUGGAGACGACAACCCUUUUGACGAUACGAACAGCCCGUGGGAGAUCGCGUGUCUUGAGGCUAACAUAGUCCAAUUUAUGACGGAAAACGAAAUCGAGUUAGCUACAUCCAAAGAUGAGAAUCUGCAGGCAGUCAUAAGCGCCCUAGACUCUGGUGAGUGGCCUAACCAUUUGCGAAGAUACCAACUCCUUGAGAACGACCUAACAACUCGAAACGGGUUGUUAGUCAAAACAGGUUGUGUGGUUAUCCCAGAAUUGUUGAGAGAGCGGUGCCUAGAGGUAUCGCAUCAAGGCCAUCCCUCGGCCGCCAAACAGAAGAGUAUAUUGAGACAGCGUGUUUGGUGGCCUGGAAUGCCAAGUGAUGUCCAAAAAUGGGUGGAAUCUUGUCCAGCCUGUGCGGUCAAUGGUAAACCGGAAAGACCCACCCCCAUGCAGCGGGUUCUUGCACCGAAAGCGGUGUGGGAGACCAUCGCCUUGGACUUUAACGGGCCUUACGCGAAGUUCGGAGGUGUAUCCAUUCUGGUAAUCGUUGAUUACAGAUCACGGUACCUGAUGGCUCGGCCGGUAAAGACGACUAGCUUUGAGCACACAAAAAAGGUGCUUGAAGAUAUAUUCGAACGAGAAGGGACACCGAAAUUUAUCAAAACUGAUAAUGGCCCACCUUUCAAUGGUGAGGAGUAUAAGCAGUACUGCGCAACUCGUGAUGUAACUCCAAUUUUCUCAACACCGUUGUUUCCACAACAGAAUGGAAUGGUCGAGAGCUACAUGAAGCUGAUUAAUAAGGCAAUGGCAACUGCUACAAUGAACAAAACGAACUAUAUCGAAGAGCUGCUAAGCGCCGGCCAUUCAAGCUCAUAA